UCUGAGAUAUGCAAUUUAUCUUCGCCGAAUUUUCAGCCCUCCGGCGGCUGUAAAAAGAAAGUUCAGUUCAGUUCAGUUCAGGCGACCGGUCGGCAGCUCUUCCCUCCGGCGCCGGCAGCCGAAAACCUAGAGAGAGAAGAGAGAGAAGCCUGCUCCGCCUUCUCUGCUUCCCUGCAUAUGGCCCAAAGGGGAAGAACAGCGUUCUGAAACGGAGUCCAAAUCCUCUCCGCUUUUCCAUUGGAAUUGAAUUCGCAAUUCGCUUUUUCCACUUCCAACGAAUCGAUUGAGUUCUCGGCGUGAAACGGGGCUAACAUUCUAUAAAAUUUUGAAAGAGGGACAUAUUGCUACUGGUGCCGAUGGUUUUUUGGUGUGUCUUGUAGAAAAGUAUACUGAAAUGGGAGGUUGCUGCUGUUGUUCUUCAAAAGGAACAGAAUCAAAUAUUGCACCAUCCUACUAUUAUUUUUGAUGCAGUACCCAAGAGCAUCAGAUGAGCAUGUUCCCCUGUCAUCUCCAAUUGGUGCUCCCUCAGCAUUUUCUAGCGGGCUUUUGGUCGAUACAAAUCUAGAUACAUCAAUACCUGACACUUAUAGAUCACCUCCCUUGCCUAUGCCAUAUGAUGUUGUUUUAACACAUCCACAUACUCCACCUGUGGCUCAAGAAAUUGGCAGCAAUAAGAAUGAUGCUGCAGCCCAGACAACAAAUUCUGAUGCAGUUCAAGAAAUCGCAUGCACUAAUGCUCGAGAAACUUCAGCCAAGUGUGAAGGCAUCGAUGAAUCAGACUGCAAGAAGCAUACAGACUUUGAAACAGACACAUUAAAGGAAUCUGAAAUCGAACUUUCGAAGGGUGUAGAAUCUGUGGCCUUAGCAAUUGAAGAGGAGGAUGUUUGUCCCAUCUGUUUGGAAGAAUAUGAUGGGGAGAAUCCAAAACUUACCACAAAAUGCGAGCAUCAUUUUCAUCUUGCAUGCAUUCUGGAAUGGAUGGAAAGAAGUGAUAUCUGUCCCGUGUGCGAUCAGGAAAUGCUCUUUAGCCC